CUUUCUCUAAAAUAUUGAAAACGUGUAAUGAUCAGCUCUCGUGCACAUGUGUUCAGUACAACCAAAAAGGCGACCUUUAGGGGCGUAGUUUUUAUUUAUUUUAUUUUUUUGCGCGUAGUUUUCUUGUGUAGAAACAUGCUAGGCCUCUAGUACGCUACGUGUUUAAUGUACAUCCAAUAUCGACUUUAUUAAGGGUGCAAAGAAAUAAAAUUGUAGAUCACGAAACGAUAUCGUCAACUUUUUUAUUGUUGUUCGUCAAAUACAACAUAGGCAUACUGACCCAUCGAGUUGAAUAGCGUUAGAUACUGCGUUCCUGUACAUUACCAUAUUUUCCUCAUCAUAACUGAAGUAAACUUUGAGAAGCGCAAGCUCAGGCUGUGUGACAGUACAGUGCUGCUCCCUUCUGAGUCAUGCACUGAGGCAAAACAAAUCUGCCUGUAGCAGCAAAGCUAACAAGACGUCCAACACGUCAGUGCGUAUUUGACUCCCUUCCAGGGUUCCCUUAAUACCCAUCUACCUCCAUCACAGCACUGCCACCUCUCUCUGAUUGUUUAAUGCGAUGGCUGCUAACAGGAAUACCCUGGCCCUUCACAAAGUGAUAAUGGUGGGCAGCGGAGGUGUGGGCAAGUCUGCAUUAACGCUGCAGUUUAUGUACGAUGAGUUUGUGGAGGACUAUGAGCCCACUAAAGCUGACAGCUACAGAAAAAAGGUGGUUCUGGAUGGAGAGGAGGUCCAAAUCGACAUCCUUGACACAGCCGGGCAGGAGGAUUACGCUGCCAUUCGAGACAAUUACUUCCGCAGUGGAGAGGGAUUUCUCUGUGUGUUCUCCAUCACAGAAUCAGAAUCCUUCGCUGCUACUGCUGAUUUCAGAGAGCAGAUUCUUCGUGUGAAGGAGGAGGAUAACGUACCUUUCCUGCUGGUGGGAAAUAAGUCAGACUUGGAGGACCGACGACAAGUUGGUAUGGAAGAGGCCAAAGCCAGAGCAGAUCAGUGGGCAGUCAGCUACGUCGAGACUUCUGCCAAAACCCGUGCCAACGUGGAUAAGGUGUUUUUUGAUCUCAUGCGUGAGAUCAGAGCCAGAAAAAUGGAAGAUGGCAAAGAGAAAAAUGGAAAGAAGACGAGGAAAAGUUUGGCAAAGAGAAUUCGGGAAAGAUGUUGCAUUUUAUAAUGACAUGGUCAUUCUGCACUAUAAUGCUUACUUCCCAAUACUCUUCCACUGCUUCAAAAAUACAUCAGGUUUCAUCUCUCCAGCCAAAACUGCUGGAAAUCAUCACAAAUUCACACGUCAAGCGGUCUUUCUUUCUUUUUGUUGUUGUUUUUCCAAUGUGUUUGAAAUGUCAGAUAUGCAUUACCAAAAUAAUGACAACUUAAAGAUGGUCACUAAAUGAUGUCAAAGAUCUGACAUAUCAAACAAGAACAUUUCUUAGCUCACAUUAGCAAACUACAAUUAUAUUUAUUCCAAUAUUUAGAUGACUGUGCAUUAUUAAUUUUUCAGCCAACUUUAAGUUGCUUUUCUUUAUGAAUGUAACUAAAUCGUGAGAAGAUUGAGUGUUAAACACUAACACUUCAGUUACAUAAAAAAAACUACUGUGCGCAUAUACAAAAACAUAGUGUUGUGGAGCAGGAAUGCUUUCAGGACACUAUCCUAAAAAAUUGCAGUUAUGCGUCUUAGACUAACAAUCAUUUAUGAAUAUUACAUUGAUGAUAGCCAAAUAAGCAUAACUCAGGAGUUAAUCUGGAGUUUAUUCCUUAUUGGCUGUUUCUAUCAAAACCAUUUGAAUUUAAACACUUUGAAAAGUAUAAAGCAUUAUGCAUUUCGGCAAUGACGGCUUUAGUCUGCGUUUGACACUGUCCUUCAUUUCAUUCAAUAUCCUAAGCUUAACAGUACCUAUAGGUAACCCAUAGACUGAUGCACACUAAACAGACCCCGGUCUCUCUCCCACAUAAGCACACAAAUCAAAAGGGCUAUUUAUCCUCCUUCUGUAUGUGAGAGUUUUAUUUAAUGCUGUUGAUGUGUCCUGACUGACACAUUAAUGAUUUUUUAUUUAGAACAUCAUAAGCUUGGGUUUAGUUUACUGUGAAAAAAGGUUGGAAUGUUGUUUUAUUACACAGACUGAAUUGUGUACUUUAUUAUAACUUUUAUGCAAUUUUCUUGCAACAUUGAUCAUAUGUAACUAUAUUUUCUAUUGUAAAUUAAACAUUUUCAGAAUUUUAGUUCUUCAAGGGUUGCAGAUUAAACUGUAGCACAUAACACGCUUAUACUAAAAAACUCGACAUAAUGUUUGUUUUGGACCCAUGGCCCUAGUUGCUACUGUGCAGUUAAGUGCUAGAGAACCCAUUCAUGUUUAGGAAUUGCUUAUUAUAACCAUAUCCAAUACUAACGUUUAUGUGUAAAUAAAUGUAUGUCAACAUUUUCUUUUCACAUAAUGCUGGCAUCUAACAAACAUGUUACUUUUACUUUACCAAUUACAACUACACUGUUUUAUUUUUCUGUCAGCUAUUUCCAAAUAUGUAUUUGUACACUGUGGAAUAUGCAAGUAUUUUUCUAUUUUUUGUUUAGUCAUAGUGGGUUAAUAGCCUUCAACAAGCUCUUGAUUUAGUCCGUUUGCAUUGGAAGUAUGAGGCAAUGAUGCUAACAAUACAGCUGAUGUCUCGAAACCCCAUCUCAUUGCUUUAAAUAAGCGACUGACUUUGAGCCCUAAAAGUUUACAAAACAUUUUAAUAUAAGCCUCUGUUGUCUGAGUCUUACUUACUGUUUUAGCUGAAAUGUGAUAAAGGUAAAGUUCACCAAAAACUGAAGAUUCUGUCAUGUUUUACUCAACCUCAAGUUGUUCUAAACCUGUAUACAUUUCUUUGUUUUGCUGGACACAAAUGAAGAUAUUUGUAAUCAAGCAGGAAACAGAAACACCAUUGACUUCCAUAAUAGGAAAGAAACUAUGGAAGUCAAUGGUGCUUAAACACAGUUGGGUUACAAACAUUUCUUGUUAAGCAGAACAAAGAAAUAAUAAAGGUUUGUAAAAACUUGAAGGUGAGUGAAUGGAUUUUGGGUGAACUAUCACAUUAAAUUAUAUAAUUUAGGGUGUCUCUCAGCAAAUGCUGCACAUGCAAAGAUUUGAAUACAUACAAAGGCUAAGUUAAAACAAAACCAGAUGAUGACAGAAGACAACUGAAAAGCACUGAUGUAAAGUAAUAUUACAUCAGUAACUGUCUGUAAUUUGUUAUCUGAAUUUUGACUGAAAAUGAAAAAGCAAACAUUUGACUGAACUUUUAAAUGUAAAAUGUUAUGUGUAUCGUUACACUAAUAAAAUAUAUUUUUGUAGACGUGUAA